AUGAUUGGGAACGGGAGAGAUUCUGAUUUUGUCUCGCGACUCGGCGUCGGUUAUAUGCGCCGCAUGGAGCUUGGUAGCGCUGGCGCCGGAAGUUUGUUCCGCUCCUCUACAAAGUCCAGAUCAGUCAAAGCUCAAGCCUCCGAUGGAGAAAUUACUCCUCUCAAGAUCCAAUCAAAGUCUUCUGGAUCAGUUUUGCCUUACGUUGGUAUUGCAAGUCUGGGAGCAAUAUUGUUCGGAUAUCAUCUAGGUGUUGUCAAUGGUGCACUUGAGUAUCUUGCCAAGGAUCUUGGUAUUGCUGAAAACAAUUGGCUGGAAUAA